CUCGUUUUGUAGGGUUUUAAGGUUUGAAAUUAUUAUAGGUUUCUUUAUUAUAAUGGGUAAAUUUUAAAAAAAAAUAUGGUUUUAUGUUUUGUUUAGUGUUUUUUAUGGUUUUUCAUGGUCACCUCCUAAGCAGGAUGGAUCUCUCUGGGGGGUACUGACAGGGUGAGAUUGUGGAUUUGGGAGCAAAAAAAACCUGGGGAGGGAAAUGAAGUUCGUGACCCCGGGAGGCUGUGCCACUGUUUCACUGAUCCUUUAACAGAUUGUGCAUUUAUUAUAUUUUAUAUUUUGCAUCUGUAAAGGCAGCAUUGAGAGCCACGCAAAUGACAAUUUCUUCCUAAGCCUGCAAAAUGCUCUGCAUUAAAUAUUUGCAUAAGGUACAGAAAUCCAACUCCACCUGGGGUCUGGAGAAUCCCUUAAAGUUUGAACCCAGGAUUUUGCUUGGAGCCCUUUUAUACAAGGCUGAGUGAGAGUUUGCUCAGAGUCUGAUACAGAGCAGGGCUGAGAUUUUUUUUUAGGAGCGUAUUUAAGGUUGGUUUUGAGCUGUGUGGUUACAAAAACGGAUUUCCCCAUUAAUUUUCUUGCCCAAAAUUCCUUGAAAUCCUUGGAUUUGGGCGGAACUUUGGGCUCGUCACUGCCUCAAGGGCAGCAGCAGCUGCAGGAGCAAGUGCUGUGGUGUUGCCUCUCUCCUCCCUCCUCCUCCUCCUCCAUCCCUGGAGCAUGCCAGGAGCUGAUUUCCUCUGGAAAACUCCUCCUGGGAUCACACAACCCCUGCCCAGUCAGCCAGGCUGUUCCCAGCCUGUUCCUCUCCCAGAGCAGCUGCAGACCACAAACACGCUUGAAAAAUUAAAUUAGGGGAUGAAAACUUGGCUGCCCCAUCCCAGCUGUUCUGAGGAGCAAGGACAUCCCUUAAAAUUUCCUUCAGACCAGGAAAAACAAGUUAUUUUGAGGAGUUUCACGUGGUGGGAGCUGCUGAGGACGUGCCGAGGGUUGUGUAUCUUUAAGAGAUGAAGAGCCGCCAGAUUUUCAAGGUUUAGGUCCUUCUUCAUGCCUAGUUUGUUCAGUUUUGGGGUUUUCUUUAACUGCAGCGAGUAAAACCUCAGUGAUUUGGACUCCUGGAAGCCAAAUCUCCCCUCACGACACGGGGCCUUUAAGGAAAACAUCAAUUUUUGUGAGGUCAGCCAUGGAAUCAUGCGGGCUGGCAGCGGCAAGGAGCAGAUGACAACGUGCCAGAGAGCUGUGCUGGGCUGGGAGGGAGGAGAGCGGCGCUGGGAGCGGCACCGGACGGGGAUCCAGGGAUCCACAGCUGGCCAGGAUGGGACAAUUUCGGGAAGGACCGAGCCCAGCUCUUCUCCGUUAUAACUGAGCAGCCCUUAUGACCAACAUGAGCUGGAGCUUCCUCACCCGCCUGCUAGAAGAGAUUCACAAUCACUCCACCUUCGUGGGGAAGGUCUGGCUCACGGUGCUCAUCGUCUUCCGCAUCGUCCUGACGGCGGUGGGGGGCGAGUCCAUCUACUCCGAUGAGCAGAGCAAGUUCACCUGCAACACCAAGCAGCCGGGCUGCGACAACGUCUGCUACGACGCCUUCGCGCCGCUGUCGCACGUCCGGUUCUGGGUCUUCCAGAUCAUCAUGAUCUCCACGCCCUCCGUCAUGUACCUGGGCUACGCCAUCCACAGGAUCGCCCGCUCGGCCGAGGAGGAGAAGAAGUUCAAGGGCUUCAAGAAGAAGAAGCAGUUUGCCCUGAACUGGCAGGCCGUGCGCAACAUGGAGGAGGCCAUGGAGGCCGACGAGGAGGAGCCCAUGAUCUCCGACGACGCGGCCGAGCACGAGAAGGCCAAGGCCAAGCCCAAGUGCAAGGAGCAGCAGAAGCACGACGGGAGGAGGCGCAUCCAGGAGGAGGGACUGAUGAAAAUCUACGUCUUCCAGCUCCUCACCCGGGCUUCCUUCGAGGUUUGCUUUUUGAUAGGGCAGUACUUGCUCUACGGUUUCGAGGUGGAAGCUUAUUAUGUCUGCAACAGGGUCCCUUGUCCCCACACCGUGGACUGCUUUGUGUCCCGGCCCACGGAGAAGACCAUCUUCCUCCUGGUGAUGUACGUGGUGAGCUGCCUGUGCCUGCUGCUGAACAUGUGCGAGAUGUUCCACCUGGGAUUCGGGACCAUCCGCGACGCCAUCCGCAACCGGAAAAUCAACAGCUUCCGGCAGCCCCCCUACAACUACGCCUACCCCAAAAACAUCUCCUGCCCUCCCGAGUACAACCUGGUGGUCAAAUCCGAGAAGUCCACCAAGAUCCCCAACAGCCUGAUGGCCCACGAGCAGAACCUGGCCAACGUGGCUCAGGAGCAGCAGUGCACCAGCCCCGACGAGAACCUGCCGGCGGAUCUGUCCACGCUGCACAAGCACCUGCGGGUGGCCCAGGAGCAGCUGGACAUCGCCUUCCAGAGCUACAGCAGCACCCAGGCCAACACGCAGCCCUCUCGGACCAGCAGCCCCGCCUCGGGGGGCACUGUGGUGGAACAGAACAGGGCCAACACCGCCCAGGAGAAACAAGGUGCUAAACCCAAGGCCUCGCUGGAGAAAGGCAGCUCCAGCAGUAAAGAUGGGAAGACGUCCGUGUGGAUAUAACUGCGUCAGGAAGGAGAGAGGGCGGCGUGAGCGGGGUUUUUGUUUUGGUUUGUUUCUGGUUUUCGGUGUUAUCUCGCGUUUGUUUCGCAGGGCGCGGUUUUUGCGUGGAAGGCGAGAGAGCAAAAGGAGUUUCGGACCAAUUUAGUGCUGUCUUCCAGUUAACAAAAGACAUUUCUUCCCUGUUUCCAAUGUGUUCUCCAGAUGGGAGCCUCCAGUGAGUGACAGGAACCUCCAGUGAGUAACAGCAAACCCUCCCCACCUCCCAGCCCCUGGCUGAGCGCCGGAGCCCCCAGCAGAGACUGGACAAUGUGCUGUGGUGGGAAGAGGAGCUGCUGGUGGCUCAGGAGGGAAGGGAGGCUGACAGGGAUCAGCCACCCUCCUGCCUGGCAAGGCUCGAGUGCUGCAGGCCAGGCAGUGUUUAAUUACUAAACACCCUUAAUCAUAUUAAUUCCCGAUCCUUUGGUAAGAAAACCACUGACAUAUUGCAGGGAGCUUCGUGGCAGGCUCACAGCUGAUGGCCUGCCUGGGCUGGCAGAUGCCAAUGAAGGCCUCGUUGGAUGCUGUGAGCCAGAGCUGGCACCCAGGUCAGGUCUGGGGCAGGAGCACAGCAACUGGACCUAAAACCAGCACAGGGCUGAAGGUUUCAUCUUUUCUUCCUCUGCUCCAAACCCUCCUGAGCAGGAGCGAGCAGUGACAUUGCAUCCUACUGGUGCCUGUGUAGCACUUGCUACAGAUGUGAUGGGAAUUGUUGCAGUUACAAGGUUUUUAACAAACUGCUGCUUCACAUCAUCAGAAAGUGCCUUUAUGCAACCAGGAAAACAAAAGUGUAAAGGGUUGAGGCUCCUUUACUCGCUGAAUUUUAGACCAUCGGCGUCGGCAAAUUUGUUUUUCUGAUUAAUUGAGGAAAAGCACUGUUGGCAAAUUUGUUUUUCUGAUUAAUCAAACCCUUAUAAAUAGUGGCAGGAGGAAGAUCUAUGCAUAGUGUGUCUCUGGCAUGCGUGUGUGUCCGUGUGUAGAUACAGACACUAUGAACACAUGUGUGUGAACGUAGACAUAGAGAGCUAGGUGUAAAUGUGAUAUCAACCCUCUGCUCCUUCUGCAGCCUUCCACCUCCCCUGAGAAAACCCAGCUGCUCCAGGGCUGGGGCUGAUCUCAUCCUGGGGCUUUUAACCUCCAGCCCCACCUGGGGAACUGGGAGGGCUUUGCAGCUUCACUGGGGACAGGACCAGGACAAUAGCAGGAAGGUUUUCCUGAGUUUAUGGGGAAUUUUUUUUCAGCUGGGCUUGACUUUAGGGUGGUUUUCAUGCACUUACAGUACUUUGGGUGUGUGUUAAAAUCAAGCUGCUGGUCUCCAAGGCUCCUACUGUUCUUUGUCAGAGGGUGGUUUCAUCUCCACCCCAGAGAACCCAGACAGGCAGAGCCUUCAGGAUCAAACCUAUUGCAAAAGAAGUAAAUUCUCCCUGAGCACUGCACUGUCCCUGUGCCAAGCUGUUCCCUAGGGCUGUGCCAGGAUUUCUUAUGCGUGGGAUAUUCCUGACUUCUCUCUGGACACCACUCUCAUGUCCUUGAGGUCAGUCCCUAACAGCCCUGGGGAUGCCUGUUCCUCAAUUGUCCAGCCCUUUGGCCAUUCUUGGGAACAGGCAGAGAAUUUGGGUAUGCCCUUCAUCUCCUGGGAACUUUGGCUGAGCUGUGUGAUGCAUUAGAGAACAGUCCUGGAAGCAAAAAAAAAAAAAAAAAAAAAAAAAAAAAGAAUUAAAAAGAAA